CACUCACUCGCUGGUACGAUAAAGACAUUGAUUUGGUGAUACUCAAAUUGGUUUAAUUAAUAAUAUAAAGAAAAAGAUAAAUGAAAAAUAGCUGAAGAUCGUCGGCGUCUGAUAGGAGGAGAGGGAGGGGGAAGAAGAAUGCAGACAUUGCAAGAGAAGGCAUCAGAGUGGAGUGGGGUGAGCACCACCGAAGCUUUCGCCAUUGACGAGACCAAUAUCUUCCAGAAGCUCGGCCUCGACACCUUUGUCAAUCUCUCAACCAAUUUCUACACCAGGUUUUUUUUUAUAAUUCCCUUUAUCCCCACUCGCCAAUCCCUAAACCAAAACCACGGUUUUAUUAAUUUGAUCCGUUUGUUAUUCGGAACUAGGGUUUUUGAUGACGAGGAGGAGUGGUUUCGCGCGAUAUUUGCAAACUCAACCAAAGAAGAUGCCAUUAGGAACCAGUAUGAGUUCUUUGUGCAGAGGAUGGGAGGACCGCCUUUGUUUUCCGGGAGGAGAGGUCACCCUGCCUUGAUUGGCCGACAUCGUCCAUUUCCAGUGACUCAGAAAGCUGCAGAGAGAUGGCUGCAUCAUAUGCAACAAGCAUUAAACAGUACUGCGAAUAUUGACAAUGACUCCAAGUCCAAAAUGAUGAAUUUUUUCAGGCACACUGCAUAUUUUCUGGUGGCGGGAAAUGAAUUGAAGAAUCAAGGCCAAGGAGAAGUUGCUUGUAAACCAGCUCCAGCAUGAUGUUUUUCCAUAACUUGCUGCUCAAGGAGUAUGGAAAAAAUUGGUGUAGAAUGAUAUACGUGCACACACCUGCACACACUUCAUAAGUUGAAUGGAAGUCCCAUCCCUCUCAAGCUUUUAUGUUAGUCUCGUGCCUUCCUCACAUUUAUUUCAGCCUAGACAGUGCAGUUCCAAAAUCAGUUCCAAUGUGCUCCCCAUAUGUCAAUGUUACAGAGUGAAGACGUGAACAGCAUGACAAUGGGCCUGCCUAUUAAGUUUUAAGCUACUAUGUGCUCCCUAUUAGUGUAAAAUUUAAGAGGAAAACAAACACUCAGGUUAGUUUUUAACACAGAUCUAACUGUUUUACUACUAAGGGUGAACUGGCGUGCAGUGGCGGAUUUGGAAAUUAG